AUGAGUUCUACUUGGAUCGCAGACAUACCUAUCCCGAAUAUCACAAAUGUUGAUAAAAUCGAGCCAUCCAUCACGAAGGUGGAGCACUUGUCUUCAUACAACUGGAUCGAAUCGUCCACUCCAACCAUUGCUGUCCCCGGCUGCCCGCCUCUCUGGUCUCCCCCCAAAAUUGCGCAGAAAGUGGCCAAGGACUCUGGACUGAUCUACAUUGCCCAAAACGCCUAUCGGCAUCCCGAAAGUCCCCUCGAGCCACUUUUCCGUUCCCUGUACAUCGAAAAGCCUUCAUACAACAUACGCCAAGUUGACCUGAUAACCGAUCGAAACAAUAUCCGCAAGCUCCUGUCGUUCAUCAAUCCAGAUCUCGCUACACAUGGCGUGGAACCUUUCACGAUUGAAAUCGAGGUCACAGGCAACACCAUGAUCUUCUCUCGUGCAGAAACUAAAACCCAUGAAUUCAUCAAGCCAAACGAGUUCAAAGGCUUCGGCCACGAGUUUGAGAAAGCUUUCACGAAGCCCCAGGGAUCUGGCACGACUGGCCAUCAUCGGGUUAUAUCGUAUCGCUUUGGCGGUUUGAAUUUCAUAGUUCGCUACGAGACCGACGCUUACGUGAAAGAGGUCUCAAACCCCCAAGCUCAUGAUGCGGAUACGGUAAAUGAAGAUUUGGUAGACAUCAUGGGGGAUUUGUCUUUGUCACAACGCAAUAUCCAACUGCCUCUUUCCACCGAGUCUAGACUAGUAGUUCGGGAAAAUGGAGAAAGGGUGCCGAUCAGUUCAACUCUCGAGAUCAAGACACGCGUGUUCCAUAAGCCUUUGGACCUUGAAGGAAUUAUUCCUCAACUUUGGAUAUCACAAACACCUAAUCUCGUCCGUGCCUAUCACAAAGGUGGUGUGUUUGCACCACCGAAAGUCGAGGAUGUGACUCGUGAGAUAGCUCAAUGGGAACGAAGCCAUGUUGAUGACCUUCGUAAAUUGGUUGUAUUGAUCAAGGAAAUCUUCAAAGUGGCGAGAGUGAACGAUGGGAAUGUCGUCAUAAGAUAUGACGGUCAGGGUGACAGUCUCGCAAUUUAUAGGAGAGAAGGGAGCAAGAUGUUACCUGACGAUCUUUAUUUGAAAUUCGCAAAUGAAUCGGGGUCGACCAAAGAGACUGAAUCAGAUCCUCGCAGAACAAGAAUCAAGAUUGGAGAUACUUUCUACAAGGUUGACAUCUCGGCAAUACCAUAUUUCUCAGCCUUUGUUCGGUUUCAACGUCAUUCACAACCGGAGAAUACGGAUCUAAUACAUGGCGAUAUUGCUCUGUUUGAUGUUGCUCUCAAGGGCUUGGAAUCAGGGUACCGGACGUGUUUCCGCUCUUUGCAAGGUGAUAUCUCUCAGUAUCAUAUUCUCUGUGACACAUAUGAUUUCCUCGGGAUCGACGUACUUGCCGGGCAGUCAAUCGAUGAUAUUUUCUCCAACUUGAAGGCCUGUAAGACUGAUUACGAGCUUGAUUAUAAGCGUUACCGAGCUAUCAAGGGCGACAAAUCUCGAGCACGGGAUGCGGCAUUCCGACUUUUAUUCUUGAUCAUAAGGGGUGAGUUCGGCGACGAAGUUAAAGACGCCGCCAAGGUUUACAACUCCGUUCUCUUCGUUCUCUCACACUCAGGCACCUUCAAACGUGGCACGAGGACUGCAGUGCGAUCGGCUCAUGAGGAGCGCUUUUCCAUAACCGACAAGCAACAAAAGCAAUUAGAUCGUUGGCGAGAGAGGGGUGCUGACAAUGCUUCAGGCGACGAUCUCACGACAGAGGAUGAAUCGGAAGAUUAUUAUUUUUCUGACGACUCCUAG